AUGAUCGAAUGCCAAAUCGAUAUAGCUGUCGAUACGAUAAAGCGUGUGGAGCAUAUCAAUGCUCGGUCUCUCGAGACCACCGAGGACGAUGAACAGGAAUGGGGAAACACCUUUGACGUUAUGGCUGGCUCAACUUUACUGCCACUCGCUGGCGACAGGUGGACGGGUGCGAAUGUCCGUGGGAAGAAACCGCAAAACUCCAAUUUUGUUGGUGACUCGGUGGGCUAG